AAUUAUUGGUAUAAAUUUUAUUUAUUAUUUUAAAUUAGAAAAAUGGGUAAGCAAGUUUGAGGGAGCGAGGGAGAAGGCGAAAAAGAUGGCAUGCAGCGCCCCCUGUGCUCUAUCCUUAUUUGUUUGUUUCCUCGAAUCUCCUUCGGUUGAUUCGGGUCCUGAGAAAGCCCAAGUUGUUGCGGACCCAGCUCAGUCAUGGAUUCCUUCCUAGUGGCUGAAUUUCAACCUCUCUUUUCGGUCUUGGUUUUUCUUCAGCCAAGUUGGGGUUUUGAUGGUAAUGUGGUGGUCUGAGUGGUUAGUUAUUCAACAACAGCCAUGAAUUCUUCUUCCUUUGAGGGAGUUGUGCUUGAUCCAGCAAAAUGCAGUAAGUUGAGCAUGGAGGAAAAGAGAGAACUUGUUUAUGAAUUAUCAAAGUGGUCACAUGGUGCCCCUGAAAUGCUUCAGUCGUGGAGCCGGCAGGAGAUUUUGCAGAUAUUGUGUGCAGAGAUGGGAAAAGAAAGGAAAUAUACUGGCUUGACAAAGUUGAAAAUUAUAGAAAACCUUUUAAAAAUUGUAUCUGAAAAGAAAUUGCAGGGGCAUGAGACUGCAACAGACCUUGACCCAGAGUCUUCACCUGCAGUUGGGCAAAGGGCAUCCAAAAGGCAGAGGAAAACUGAUCACCCUAAUCGAAUACCUGGUGCAGUGAACAAUCUUUUAAUCAACAAUGGCGAAAGUGAUAUAGAUAAUACUAUAUACUGCAAAAACGCAGCGUGCAGAGCGAAAUUAAGUCAAGAAUAUACAUUUUGCAAGAGGUGCUCAUGCUGCAUCUGUCGUCAGUAUGAUGACAACAAGGACCCGAGCUUGUGGUUAACUUGCUGCUCAGAGCCUCCUUUUCAAGGUGAUUCAUGUGGUAUGUCAUGUCAUUUGGAAUGUGCUUUAAGGCAUGAAAAAUCUGGGAUUGCAAAAAAUGGCAUGGAUGGCAGCUUCUUUUGUGUGUCUUGCGGGAAAGUGAAUGAUUUGCUCGGAUGCUGGAGAAAACAACUGAUGACAGCAAAGGAUACCAGGCGGGUUGAUACAUUGUGCUAUCGUGUCUCCUUGAGCCAAAAGCUUCUUGCUGGUACCAAAUGUUACCAGAAGCUUUAUGAAAUCGUGGAUGAAGCAGUGAAGAAGCUUGAAGCCGAUGUGGGUCCUUUAACCGGUUUACCUGUGAAGAAGGCAAGGGGUAUUGUCAACAGGCUCUCUGUAGGCCCAGAGGUUCAAAGACUUUGCGCUUUUGCAGUGGAGUCCCUAGAUUUGAUGCUUUCCAAAACUGUUUUCCAUGUGUCAUCCAAUCAUGUGAUUCAAGAAUCCAAUUUGACAGCUUCAAAUGUAAUCCGGUUUGAAGAUGUCUGCCCUUCAUCUCUCACUGUGAUAUUCGGUUCUGAAGACGCACCACUGAAAAAUGUUGGGGGUUAUACCCUGUGGCACCGUAAAGCUGAAGAUAUGCACUAUCCAGCAGAACCAACGUGCACAUUGUAUACACCAAAUACAAGGUUUUUGCUGUCCAGUCUAAAUCCAGCUACAGAGUAUGUUUUUAAGGUCAUUUGGUUUGAUAGCACUAGAGAGUUGGGGACAUAUGAAGUUCAGUAUUGGACAGGUAGUGUUGGGGAUGAAAUCUCCAAUCUGAAAAACUUGGUAGUUGAAAGAAGGGAAAGUCAACCGAGUAAUUCUAGCAGUUUAUCUAAUCCGUCUUCUGUGGAGGAUGAAACUAACUACAUUGCUCCCUGCAUCAAUGAGAAUGAGAACAGAGAGGACAAAAUUGUUUCUGCAAAUAUAUCUUCUGAUGUGUUUCUGAGCGGUGGCACGGUUCCAGGAGGAACUUUGGGAGAUCCAGUGUCUUUAUUGGAUGAGGAAGGUGCCAUGGAGAAAACUAGCUCCAUCCCAAAUUCUGAUGCUUUAAAUCUCGAGAACAAGUACUCUCCAGAAGGCCAAGCCAUUGAAGAGACUAGCACUGACAAUGGGUCAAAUACCCAUGUUCAGACCGGCAUGAACUGCGUGCCAUUUCUGGGUAGCUCGGAAGCUGACUUGCCCAUCACACCUUGUAAAUUGGAAAAUAUCAAGGAUGGCCCGGGAAGAAAUGUGAGAUCCAAACCUAACAACAAGGAUCAUCUUGAUAGUGGGUCCGGGAGGGAAGAGGAACCCCAAGCGGGCAGCUCAUCAAAGAAAAGUGGUGAAAGACGAGAAGAAGAGCAUUCUGGUAUUGGCAAUAGGGAUUUAGGGUAUUAUGUGAAAGUGAUCAGAUGGUUGGAGUGUGAGGGACAUAUUGAGACAACUUUUAGGCAGAAGUUUCUGACUUGGUACAGCUUGAGAGCAACCCCACAAGAAGUGAGGGUUGUGAAGGUGUUUGUUGAUACUCUUAUUGAUGAUCCAGCGUCUCUAGCGGGGCAGCUUGUCGACACUUUUUUAGAAGCUAUUUCAAGCAAGAGAUCCUUUGUCGUGCCAUCUGGGUUUUGCAUGAAGCUUUGGCAUUGACAAGUUUCAGAAAUUCAAAUGAUUUAUCAAACCCAAAUGCGGUUUGUGUAGGUAUAAUUCUUCGGACCCCCAAAAAAUGUCUUAAGCAUUAUUCAAUUAGACUAUAAUUAUUGAAAUUUGAUCAUUGGUAUUUGCCAUUCUUCAUGAUGGCAAGACAUCAGAGCUCAUUUCUUAUGUAGAAAAGUUAUCAUUCCUAGAUAUGCUUUAUUUUAACAGCUGAUAAAUUAUUUAAGUUCUUUUUUAUGGGUAAUGUAUGGACGUGUUGAGCAGUUAUUGUUUUUUCAAA